GCCAUAUACCGAAAGGAUAUUGUAAGGCUGGAAAAUGGCAACCAAAUUUAUGGUGGUAUUGGAACACCUUGCCUAUGAGGAAAGGCUAAAGCUGUUGGCACUUUUUAGUUUAGAAGGUUCUGCUGAUAUGGAAGAGGAUUCAGGAUAUAAUAAAGUUGUUAGCUGCCAUGUUGAAGAUGCUAUAACAUUUUGGGCACAGGAUAUUAAUAGACAUAGCGACAUAUUGAAGACUAGCCGUUCUCUAGCUGAAAUCUGUCCUCUAGCCAGCCCAGUCUUUGGCAAUCCUGAUCUUACCAGGAUCUAUGGAGGAUGCUUUUCUGAAGAUAAAUGUUGGUACAGGUGCAAAGUAUUGAAGGUUAUCAGUAUUGAAAAGUGCCAGGUAUUAUAUAUUGACUAUGGAAACUCUGAGGUUCUCAGUCGAUCAGAAAUAGUUGAGAUUCCAGAAAGCUUGCAGUUUCCUAGUGUGGCAAAAAAGUACAGGCUGUGGGGAUUACAGAUUUCAGCUAAUCAAGAUUUAAAUCACUUUGACCAGGCCAGGAGAUUUCUGCAUAGCUUGAUUUUUGAAAAAGAAAUAAAGACAAGAAUCAAAGCCACGUAUCAGGAUGGUACCAUUGUGGCUGAAGCAGAGUGUGGGCUACUGGAUGUUGGGGAAGAAAUGGCCAGAAAAGGAUUUGCUGAAAGAUGCAAGUCUCCUGUAAAUAGUAAUUCCUGUGAUACAAAAAUGGAUUCCUCUCUCUGCCAAUCCAGGAAUGCAAAUUCUCCAGCUCCAGUGUGGUCCAGCAGAGUCAGCUCUCCAUUAAACAACAGAGCAGGGGUGGGCUUUGGUGACAAUCCGCCACUGAAUGGAAGGAAUGAGAAGAACGGUGCAAACCAUGUGCCUUUUAUUAAGGAGAAAAUGGUGGCUUGCGAUUUUAGAAGGGUCUCAAACAUUAGCUUGGAAAAAAUAAAGCAAGACCAGAAAAUGAUAGAGGAGAAUGAAAAGUUAAAAGCGGAGAAUGAGGCUUUCAGAGUGCAAAAUGAGGACCUUCUCCAUCAGUGUGAAGAACUGGAGUCAACAGUUAAGAAGCUUACUUGCGAUCUGGAGGAGAAGAAAAGAUACAAGGAAACUCUUGAGGUGUUGGAAAACACUCUAUCCACGUAUAUAGGAACUACAGUGAGAAACUUGGCUGACAAGUUCGAGACAUUGAAAGAAGCUAGACAAGUCAGUCUGAAUGCUCGUUUUGGAGAAGACCUUUCAGAAGCUAUUAAAGUGGUUACCAAAGGAUGCCUUGCUGCUCCCCUGUCGAUGGAAAAACUGGAGAAAAUUUGGAUCGACUAUAACACUUUACAAGAGGAAAUAUGUGCAUGCAAAUGUGUGGACGAAGUGCAGAGCUUGAUUCAACAUAGAAACGAAGUGCAGCAGAGGUUGUACUCUACAGUGCAAGAAUAUAUUAUGGAAGUGGAUGAUUUACCCCUUUCAGAGCGCUUGGAAACAUUGCAGAAAUUGCAGGAUUCCUUGGAAGUCGUAUAUGGUCAGGUUUAUGAAGUAGAGAGCUCUGAAGGAGCUUUUGAGAAGUUCGCUGAAUGGAAAAACAUUAAGUUUGAGAAAUUCAGUUGUGUCAGAAAUGCCACAGAUGCUUCUCUGCAACAUUUGGUGACCUGUUUCAGCAAGAUAAUCCAGUUAUUUGACAUGACGUCAGGCAUACUUUUGAAAUCUGAGGAUGUAGGUGACAACAUGGAUGAAGUUCUCAAGAAUGCAGAGUUGAACAUUUCUCAAGAACUGAACAUUUUUCUAACUGAGCUAGAUGAAGCAGAUAAAAAAAUAAUCUUGAAUGUGUACAGUGAAGUUAUGCAGAAGAUCAACCAAGAAAACAAUCUCCUAAGCGCUAUUUAUCACAAGUAUCGGGACAGCAUCGAGUUCAAAAAGCAGAUUGUGGAGUGGCUGGAGACAAGUCCCAACGUUGACGUUUUGCUACUGAUUAAGAAGAGAGUGAAAAAGCUGAAGGCUCAGCUGAGGUGGAAGCUGGUUGAAAAAAACAACUUUGAAGAAUCUGAUGAUGACAGCGAGCCCAAAAUGGCAAAAAUAAAAGAAGAAAUAACUGGACUAAGAAAUAAUGUAUUUGAGGAAAUAUACAAGGAACAAGAAGAAUACGAAAAGCUCAAUCACUUGGUACAGAAAUGGUUCCCUGAGCUACCACUUCUUCACCCUGAAGCAGGAAUUCUACAAUAUAUGAACUCAGGAGGACUUCUGACAGUCAGUUUGGAGCGUGAUCUUCUAGAUGCUGAACCAAUGAGAGAACUGAGCACAAAACGUCCUCUGGUUUGCUCAGAAGUUCAAGGACAGAAGGUUCUCUUAAAGGGAUAUGCUGUGGAUAUGAAUACUGAAGCCGAAGUAAUAGAAAGAGCAGCAAAGUAUCACAGACUCUGGAGAGAACUGAAGGAAGAAUCUGGUUUGAUGCCGCUGAUGUUUCUAUUUUUAUGCAAGUCUGAUCCUCUGGCAUAUCUGAUGGUCCCAUAUUAUCCUGAAGCAAGCCUGGGCAUAUUGCAGAGUACCGCACCUUUAACUCCAGAAGAAACCUUGAAGGUGAUGAAAGGAGUAGCUCGUGGUCUGCAUACACUACACAAAGCUGGUAUAAUCCACGGAUCCCUGCAUAAAAACAACGUAUUUGCUGUAAACCGAGAGCAAGGAAUUGUUGGAGACUUUGACUUCACCAAAUCAGAGAGUCAGCGUGCUUCAAUGAACUCUGUGCUCCUGAAUGGCUUGAACUUAAUUUCUCCUGAAGUAAGGCAGGGACAACCACCUUCUCCCGCUUCAGAUAUGUAUGCUUUUGGUUGCCUCCUUUACUGGCUGAUUAUUGGAAAACAGGAGUUUAAAAUAAAGAGAGAUGGAACUCCUGAGGUGGACGGCCACUAUAUGGACGAUAAAGUUAAAUCUCUGCUCAUAAAACUCCUCUGCUUUGACAAUCGAAUGACCUCGGAGGAGGUGCUGAAUGACGACUGUUUCCUGUUGCAUGAAGUGAUCCCUGUUUCAGUGGAAAGUGAGCCAACUGAACCUGGAAAUGGAGAGGCAACAACAGAAAAUGAAGUUGUCCUGCCUGCCAUCAAAAACUAUGUGACGGAACCUUUUUCAGACGAUACAGAGCCAAACAUUGAUGCCUGUGUUUAA